AUGUAUUCAAAUAAUAUGACAUUGCCGACUUAUGGCACUGAAUUACCAUUUCGUCAAAGUGUCGCCAAAGCUCCAUCGGAACGAACUACUCAGGAUUUAACUGUUAUUAAUGGUUAUUUAAGAAGUUUGGAAGCUUUAUCAGCACUUCGUGAAUCAAAUAUUCGCCAUUUGUGUAAAACAAUUCGAUAUGAAACUUGCGAUGCUCAUCAUGUUUUAUUCAGUCGCGGGGAACUAAAUACUUGCUGGUAUAUUCUUUUAUCCGGUUCUGUUUUUAUUGAAUCUACAAUGUAUUUACCAAGAGCCAGUUUUGGUAAACGAACUCCUAGUAAUCAAUAUCGGAUCAAUGAAUGUGUUAUACUUGAACCAUCGGAAAUGCUUGUUAUUGAUUAUCCCGAGCUCGAUCACGCUGUCCAUAGUCACGAAUCAUUGAAGCGUAUCGGUUGUCAACAUAAUUAUCAACACGAACAACCCAUAGUUUCAGUUGAAGAACAACAAAGUAUUAUAGUAGAUCCUAGCACAACAAUGUCCAUUAAUCGGAAAAAAAAUCCACAAAAUAAACAUCGUUCUAUUAUAACGACGAACAUGAACGAUAUUCAUCCGUCAAUGACUCGCAGUUCGCAUUCUCGUGCUAGUGACACAUCAAGUGCUUAUUCUGGAUCAGAUGUUAUGCAAUCAUCAACAAAUGGUGAAGAUAGUUUAUUGACAAAUAAUGGAGAUAAUUGUUUAGGACAGAAUGAUGACGGCGGAUUAAGCCGCUGUAUAAGUAUUCAUGAAACCGACGAUGAAUCUGAAACAUCAUCAGAACAUUCGUUUCCUCUUCAUGAUCAUAUACGUGAAUCAUUAUUAAAAGAUGCAAAUGAACGUACUGAUGAUGAUAUUGAAGCAAUUCUCGAAUGUCUUAUUCAUUUCCCGGCAUUCGCUAAUUUAACAUUACAUGUUCGACGUGAAUUGUGUAAAGUGCUUGUUUAUGCUCAAGUUGAAAAGGCUCAAACUGUUGUUAUGAAUGAUGGUGAACGUUAUGAUUCUUGGUCAGUUAUUAUAAAUGGUACCGUCGAUGACGAAACGCUUGAUGGACAACUUAUACGUACAUUAAUUGUUGGACAAAGUUUUGGCUGUGGUCCAACGCUUGAUCAAUACUGUCAUACGGGUAUUAUGAAAACUCGUGUUGACAAUUGUCAAUUUGUUGUCGUCGCACAAAAUGAUUAUUAUGCUAUAUUAAAUCAAGGAGAAAAAAAUAUUCGAAAAAUCGAAGAAAAUGAUAAAAUCGUUAUGGUUAAAGAAAUCCGUAUGAAUGAAGAUGAACAAAAUAUACCACGUGAAAUAGUUAUAAAAGCAACAACUGAAAAACUACUUGAUUUACUUGUUGAUGAGUUACAAUUAACAAAUGAUCCAAAUUAUGCUCAAGAUUUUCUUUUAACUCAUCGAACAUUUGUUGACAAUCCAACAGUCAUAACAAAUAAAUUACUGGAUUACUUUGAUAACAAUAGAAAUUCAGCAUCGUGCGAACACAUUGCACGUGUCGUUCUAUCAUGGGUCAACAAUCAUUAUAAUGAUUUUGAAACAAAUACAAAAUUAUACGAGUUUCUUGAAAUAUUCGAUGAUCGAUUACAAAAUCAUGAAUUAGAACAUAUUCGAUCAUGGAGACAUUUAAUCAAUUUAGCGUGCUUUACAAGAGCCAGCAUACGUCAUAUUACUUUAACACGAUCAACACGCGAUGAUGUUUUGAAUUUUAAUAUACUCGGGGGAACUGAUACAUUAGCGAACAAUGGAAUAUUCGUAUCGAAAGUUGAAAAGAAUUCAAAAGCUUAUGAGGCAGGAUUACGGCGUGGCGAUCAAAUUCUCAGUGUUAAUGGACAAUCGUUCGAUUAUCUAACUCAUGUUCGUGCACUUGAAGUUCUUCGUGGUACGACGCACUUAUCCUUAACUCUAAAAAGCAAUCUAAUGGAUCUCAAUGAUAUUGUUCAUCCGGAAAAAUCUCCUGGUCGUAAAAAACGUCAUGAUAUGCCGUUUUAUGAACAAGAAAUUCGAAAUCGAUUAAAUAAUUUAUCUCCUAUAUGUUCGGUAUCGACGAGUCCACCAGCAACAAAUAAUUCAUCGUCAAUAAUAAUAAUGAAUAGUCCAUCGGAUUCUUUUACAUCUGAUUAUUCAUCAUCAACUAAUCAAAUUCGUCCACCAUUAACAACAAUAACUCCCACAAAAAAUAAUCUUACACCAUAUACAGAAAAAACUAAGCCACGUCCAUUAACGAAACGUAUGGGCUUUAAGCGUGCCGUUAUGCAAAAAUUUAAAAUGACAAAACAUAACAGGUAA